CUCCCGAGACAGUGCCGGGAUGGAGCAGAGGGCGGCGGUGUGUCCCGGAUCGGUAGCGGCUACUUCGGACUCCCGGUCCUCGGCUCCGGGCGCCGGGCCGCCACGCAACGUGCUGGAUCUGCCGCCGGAGCUGUUGGUGGAGAUCUUCUGCUUCUUGCCCGGGGUCAGUCUGCCUGGCCUGGCCGCCGCCUGCAGGAAAUUCCACCAGAUCCUGAGCACCGACACCAUCUGGAGGAGGCGGUGCCGCGCAGAAUAUGGAGUUUCGGAAAAUCUACGGCAGCUGGAGACAGUGGGGAUCGCUUGCCGUGACUUGUACAUUAAACGUGUUGAUCCGUGGCUCAAAUCGGCAAGGUUCGUCAAGUUGCUUCCUGACUGUGUGAAGGUGGAUCACCGCGAUGUGUACACUCACUUGCUGCAUCCGUACCGGAACAUCCUGGGUCUGUGGCAGCCGGACAUCGGACCAUAUGGAGGGCUACUCAAUGUCCUUGUCGAUGGGUUGUUUAUCAUUGGAUGGAUGCAUCUGCCUCCUCAUGAUCCCCAUGUCAACGACGCCAUGCGUUGUAAGCCCUUGUUUCGAAUUCACCUGUGGGAAAAGAAUAAGGCGCAAGUGGAAUGUAUGUAUGGUCACAAAGGCUCUCACAAGGGAGACAUACAGAUAGUGAAGAAAGAUGAGUUUUCUACUAAGUGUGAUCAGACAGAUUUUCACCGGAUGUCUGGAGGGAGGCAGGAGGAAUUCCGGACCUGGCUAGCAGAGGAGUGGGGUCGGACCCUGGAGGAUAUUUUUCAUGAGCAUAUGCAGGAGCUGAUCUUGAUGAAAUUUAUCUACACCAGUCAGUACGAUAACUGUCUGACAUAUCGUAGGAUCUACCUCCCACCCUCCAGUCCCGAGGAUCUGAUCCCACCAGGCCUCUUCAAAGGAACCUAUGGGAGUCAUGGCCUGGAGAUUGUGAUGUUGAGUUUUCAUGGAACCCACAUUAAAGUGACAAAGAUUACUGGAGACCCAAAUGUUCCUGCCGGACAGCUGACUCUGCACAUCGACAUGACCCGUCGUGUUCACUUGCCUGACAUUGAGCACUUGCAAAACUUUGACAAACUUUCUCGAAUCAUCCUGGAGAUUCACCAGCAGGCGCAGUGUGCCGACACUCAACACCGUGAGGACGACUCACAGCCCGCGUGUAACGGUGUGCCGGAGCUGAAGGCCCAGGGGGCAAACGCUGCAGGGAUGAAUAGACACGCUGAGGCAGAGGGAGCGGCUGCAGGGGAGCCUGCUGUAGAAGGGCAGCCCUUUGUGCUUCCUCUGGGAGUAAUGGCUCGAAACGAGGUUUAUCCAAGGACUUGUCAUGCCUGCUUCUAUGGCACUGGGCUGAUUGCAGGGCACGGCUUCACCAGUCCUGAGAGGACACCUGGUCUCUUCGUUCUCUUCAAUGACCAGUGUUUUGGUUUCAUCUGGCUAGACCUGAAAUCCUUCAGCCUGUACAGUCGAAUUGAAGACACACUGAAAAAUGCGCAAGCCCCUCACAGAGAAGCUUUCGAACUGAUGCUGAAGAACAUGCAGUCAUGGACGUCCUGAUCGAUGUCCGCCCUGAAGGAAUGGAGCGCUCAGAACCGCAGGUCUGCAGUUCCUCCUCGCCCACUGAAGCAGGCCUGUCAAUGUCCGCUCCCAAGGAACGGAGUGCUCAGAACCGCAGGUCUGCAGUUCCUCCUCACGCCCACUGAAGCAUGCACGCUGGGAAAGAAGGACCAGAACCAUGUAAUGGCUCCUGCUCACCUUGGCCCCUCUCCUUCUCACCUGAGCUACUACCUUAAGUAAUCUUGUUGCAAUGGUUUUGUAAUAGUUUCUUUUCAAUGCACUUGGUGUGGUCAGAGCAGAGAAUAGAGCCUAAAGAGGAGUAUUGAAAGCCUCCCGGCAUUUUGUGGAAGGUAACAAAGAAUGACGAUUGGAAGAAGCUUUAACUUUACGCACUAAUGUUUGACUGUGCCCUGUCUUUAAGGGAGUUUGUUUAAUUCUGUUGAAAAUCAUUGCACACGUUUAAUUUUGUGUUGUUUAGAAUGGAGUAGAAAGAGGAAAAAAGUGAUAGUAAUUCAUAUCGCAGAAAGCAAACCUUAUUUGGGCUGAAUGUAUAAUAAACCUUCUCACCUUCAAACUCUACACCAGCCAGCUGAGGCAGUGAGACAAUAUCAGGAAAUAAAGUACUAUUUAAAUUUAAGUUUAUAUGGUUAAGAUUGAAAGAUUUUAAUAUUUAUGUUAAGAAAAUUUAUAAAGAGAUUUUCAGUUUAUUGUUUUAUGUUUGAAAAAGAAUAAUUUAAGUUUUACGAUCUUGAACUUGAUUAAAAGAAACUUUUGGAAA